AUGUUCAAGUUUGGUUCACAGAACACUCCAGUUGAUGACAGCGAGAAAAUCAAAAAUUUCCGCAAACUGGGUAACAAAGAAGCUUACCAACUAGCUCUUCAUACACUAGAUCACCAUCGCAACAAAUCUAUCACCUGUCGCUACACACCAUCUCCGAACCAUCCAUCCAAUCCCAACCGUCUCAUACGUAUAGCCGAAACCGCUAUCAUCGAAGUACUUCUCCUGCAUCCAAUUCUACAAGCUGGAAUAGUUGAUGCAGACUCUGAAAAUCCAGCGUGGAAACAACUACAACACAUUAAUCUGGAUGAACAUCUCACAUGGCGCAUUUUACAAACACCCGAGGAUUUCGAUGAUGUUUCGAGAGAACUCACUCUUGCCGAAAUCGAUAGCAAGUUUCAUGACAUUGAAGAAAUGCCGGGGUGGAGAAUCGUUGUUUUAUAUCAAGAAAGAGCCAGUUUACUGGAGGUACAUUUUACGUGGAAUCAAGUGUAUGGCGAUGGAAUAAGCGGGAGGAUCUUCCAGGAACAUUUAUUUCGACGUCUGAAUACGGAGACUCAAUAUGAGGGCAUUGAAGGCAACACCACAACAUCUCCCCUCAUUCCACUUCCUCCAACUUCAAUCCUCCCGCCACCAAUCGAAGAACUCUAUAAAUUUCCUGUUAGUAUAUCUUUCCUGGCUAAAAGUCUCUGGGAAUUAUUUAGUCCCGCAGCUACAUCACGGACAAAAUCAACUUUAGCUAAUUGGGCACCCAUCCAUCUCAUCCCAUACUCCACCCAAAAUCGCUCAUUCUACAUCUCCAAAACUACACUCCAUGAUAUCCACCUCGCAUGUCGCAAGAAGAAAAGUACACUUAUCAGUCUUCUGCACGCACUCAUGGCCGUCUCACUAGCAUCACAAUUAGACGAGACCAUAGCAUCUGCAUUUCAAAGUUGUACGACGUUGGAUAUGCGACGAUUGGUACCGUCAAUUUCCUCAAAAUCUAAAUAUUCAGGAUUGAAUGUAGAAAGAAUAAUGGGGAAUUACGAAACUUCAGUUUCUCAUGAAUUCGAUAAGAAACUUGUAGCUCAGCUACGCGAUAAACUCCCAGGAGAUGGCAAUCAGGAUUUACUUCUAUCACCGGGACAGCUCAGACAUAUUUGGAGGAUUGGCGCAGGUAUUUGUGGAGAAACUGAAAGGAAAAUAACGAGGGGUUUGAAAGAUGGUUCUGCAGAAGCAAUGAAGUUUUUAGGAAACUGGCGCCAAAGACUAAAAAACGCUUCUAAGAGACCCAGAAAAUUCUCAUGGUCAAUCACAGAUGCUGCAACCUUCGAGCGGAAUUCGAAAAUCUAUAAUGAGAUACCGUCUGCAGAAUCUGAGCUGGGAGGAAGAGAUGCGUGGAUACUUCAUCGGGCGGGGUUUGCAUCGAGUGCGGAGACCACGGGUGCGGCUUUUGCAAUCUCGCUUAUGACUUUUAAGGCAGUGGGAUUAUCUGUGGAUGUUAGUUGGCAGGAUUCUGUCUGUGAUGUUGGAAUGGGAGAGCGUGUUGCGGUUGAUUUGAAGAAGUGGCUUGAGCAGAUUGCAGAAGAAGCGUAUCCAUGA